AUGGCGGGACACGACGAUCCGAUCGAUUUCAACAUCAUUGAGGCACAGAAAGAGAACGUUCAAUCUCUCCCAGGUGGUAGAUCAGCCCGGGAAUUGGCACGCAUUUUUUCUGGAGGCAGCAUGAGCGACAAAUCACCGGCACCUUCCCCGAAUGACACGAGAACCAUCAAUGGCGCAAUCCGACAGGAAUAUGAGAAUGAGUUGGAAUCAAUAGGGGAAUCAGACGAUCCUCUCGACGUUUACGACCGCUAUGUCAAAUGGACGCUCAGUGCUUAUCCGUCCGCUCAAGCGACACCCGAGUCCGGGCUCCUCCCAUUGCUUGAACGUGCGACCAAAUCUUUCCUGUCAUCUUCACAUUACCGGAAUGACCCACGGUAUCUACGGAUAUGGAUGCACUAUAUCAGACUUUUUUCAGAUGCCCCGCGCGAGGCCUUCGCUUUCCUGGCCCGCCACCACAUCGGCGAGGGUCUCGCUUUGUUCUACGAAGAAUUUGCCGCCUGGCUGGAGGGUGCUGGGCGUUGGACACAGGCUGAUGAGGUUUACCGGUUGGGCAUAGAUCGUGAGGCGCGGCCCGUUGAGCGGCUUGCACGAAAGUACAACGAAUUUCAACAGCGCUACGAACAACACGUUCAGGAUGCUGGGCCAUCCUCGCCUGCCCUCCCGGCUGUACGACCUGCUCUUGCAGCAAAGAAGGACCCAUUCGCCCCGACCGAAGCUGCUGUAGACCCGCAAGCCUCGCGACCAGCGACGGCUGCUGCUGCUGCUCCGGCCAAAACGAAGUCAGGGAAAAUGAAGAUGGCAAUCUUCUCCGAUGCUGACGCUGCACAGACUAGCCAGCCAGCGACCAGUGGACAGUCAAAGGGCUGGGAUAGCAUUGGCUCAAUGAGAGAACGCCGGAAGGAAAAUGAAGUAGAGGCCAAGCCUUGGGCUGGGGAGACACUGAAGGCGGGAAAGAAGCCAGCGCCCACGCAAAAAAUGGCUAUUUUCAGGGACCAGUCCAAUCCAAAUCCACCUUCAGAGCUACCAAGUGGCCCCAAGAAAGUUCCAGAACAUCAUGUAAGGGAAGCCGUCAAUCCGCGGACCGGUCGGAGAGAGCGCGUUUUCGUCGAUCUAGAGGCAGUAUAUCCUGAUCCCGGCAAUCCAUUGAACGAAGUUAGUUUUGAGGAGUUGCGAGCUAUGAGACGCGGAUGGACGAGUAAAGACUGGCGAGUUCAAAAGGAGCCCUUGCGACCAAUUUCCGGCAACAAGGCAGGAGAUGCUCCACCUGGAAAACUCAAGAUCUUUGUCGAUGAUCAACCCAGCCGAAAGUCGUUACAAAAGUCAGCAGGUGAUGGGCAUGUAUCCCAAACCAAUCAUCGAGAGGAGGCUCAAGAAAAUAAGGGAAGUAAAGCGAAGAAGUUCAAAGUGCAGGGCGAGACCCAGACCAUCAAAAUGAAAUUCGAUUCGCCGACAAAUUCGAAGGUGCGAAGGAAGAGCACUCGAGAGCCAACAAUGACUAUGCACACUCGGGCUGCCACAGAUGAGAUAUAUGGCAUCUUUAACCAACCUCUCAAGGCUGAACUGGAGGACCCGGCCGACAGUCUUUACGGCAGCGAGUAUGAGGAUGAUGACUGUGCAAGUACCGUGGACAGUACUGGCACCGGCCACAUCUCCGCCGCCUCGAGCGACUUUGGCGACGAUGAGACUCACACGUUCCAUAAAUCUUACGAUGACACAGAAUAUGAUGAUGCUAAUACCACUCGCGCUGAGAGUAUUGCGGGAGACGAUUGGACCGAGUUCAGUGUCAGCAGAGAUGUGCCUGGGCAUGAGCCCUUCAACGCCACGUCUCAUUCUGUCACGACCGAGGAAGAGGUUGAGUCGCAGCAUGGUACUCCGGAAAAGGAGAGAUUUGUACCUCGAAUGCCCGACGACUACAAUCCGCCAUACGGAACGUAUCGUGAUCCCGCCGUGAUGGCUCAGAAUAGGCUUCCAUUCAUGACUCCUAUUGUGGAACGAACGGAAUCUUCCAUCUCCAUGACGGCUGCGCGGAGUCUGUACAAUGCGAAAACUCCAUCGAAGCCACGUUCUCCAGGUGGCAUACCUCAGAUGGGCAAUCUUUUGUCCAGCCCGGUUGGAACAGCAACACCAUUUCAUGCCGACCAUACAGUCAACUCGAUUGUCGAUGUGCCUUUCAGCCCCACUGCUUUUAAGACGCUUGCGCCAAAGUCCCGUCGAAGGGAAGUUGUUAUAAAGGACCUGCAGUGCAACCCAACUGAUAAGGGUAUUCGCAAUACAAUCCUCAACUCCCUCGAGCCGCCACUAGCCAGCUACGCUGGAUAUCACAACCACGGCCAAGAAAGCAAUUAUUCCAGCAUGAUACAAAAAUUCGUGAGGGCACAUAACCGGAAGUCUAAGGCUGCUGACGACGACCGGGGUGAUAUGCCCGUUCUUGAGUUUCCAGGUGCCGAGCGCAGCUACAUCAUUCGUCGUGAGCUUGGCGCUGGCGCAUACGCCCCGGUAUAUCUUGCCGAGAGUAUCGAAAACCAGGGGAUUGUUGGGAUCGAGCACGAUGAGAACCAUGUCGACGGCAGAAUGAAAACCAACUCAGUAGGUGGGUCACGGUUCUCAUUUGAGGCCAUCAAGGUCGAAAAGGGCCCUUCAAGCGCUUGGGAAUUUUACAUGAUCAAGACUGCCCAAGAGCGUUUACGGAAAGCGUCUUUACAUUCUCGAGCCGUUGACAGCGUUGUUCGCGCUCAUGAACUUCACGUCCACCAGCGGGAGAGCUUCCUAGUUGAAGACUACCGAGGCCAAGGCACACUUCUUGACCUGGUGAACGUCCUCCGGAAUGACGCCAUCAGCACCGCACACCCUAGUGACGGAGGCUUGGACGAGUGUCUGGCGAUGUUCUUCUCAAUCGAGCUCUUGCGGACAGUUGAGGCUCUUCACGCCACGGGGAUCCUUCACGGUGACAUUAAAGCCGACAAUUGCCUCGUGCGUCUCGACGAGGCCACCCCUGCCGACCCACCCACCAAAUCUCUCUCUCUGCUUGACCUUGGCGGCGACGAAAACGGGCCCUUCCCGGACCCUCGUGAUUCACCCGCGUACGCGCCCUCUGGUGCAUACGGCUGGCAUGCCAAGGGACUCGCCUUGAUCGACUUUGGCCGCGCCAUUGACAUGAACGCAUUCAACCCGAACGUCCAGUUCCUCGCAGACUGGGAGACGGGGACCCACGAAUGCAACGAAAUCCGCGAAGCUCGCCCCUGGACUCACCAAAUUGACCUGUACGGCAUCGCGGGCGUCAUCCACGUCCUCUUAUUCGGAAAAUACAUCGAGAGUGCGCCCGUUCGAGCAAGCGACGGUGCGAACAUGCGCACCUACCGAAUUCGCGAAACUUUAAAACGGUACUGGGAUCGUGAGAUCUGGAGCGACGUCUUUGAUCUCUUGCUUAACCCAGGGGCUAAUCGAUGGGUCGCCAUGGAGCUUGGAGACAGCUCGACUGGUCAGGAGUCGGAUCAUUCACACCCCGGCCCUGUCCUCCCGGUCCUCCAGUCCAUGGCCUAUGUUAGGCGUCGAAUGGAAGAUUGGCUUGUUGCACACUCCGAGAAAAAGGGUCUUUCUCUACAAUUGCGGAGAAUCGAGACUGCUUUGGCAGACAGAAAGAGAAAGCUCGAACGGGCUUGA